AUGGUGUCCCCCAAAGCCAUCUGCGUUUUCUGCGGCUCGUCCCCCGGCAAGUCAGCGGUCUAUCUUAAGACAGCAGCAGCACUCGGACAAGCACUCGCUGAGCAUAAUUGUAAGCUUAUCUAUGGCGGUGGCGAACGAGGCUGCAUGGGCGCCGUGGCAGCUGCGGCUAUCGAGAGUGGGGGACAGGUCCUCGGCGUCAUACCGCGCGUAAUGGUGACGACGAAACCGCACGGCCAUCUUGGCGAAGGACAAGAGGCUCAACCGCCUGAACACGCUCAUUCGGCUGAUGAUGUAGGCACUCGUACGCUGAACCAACAGCAGGCUGAUCGGAAUAGCAGGAUGGAGACGAUAAUAGUCGAGACGAUGCACGAGCGCAGAUGCACCAUGGCUGCUUCGUGUGACGGCUUCAUCGGCUUGCCGGGAGGCUACAGGACGUUCGAAGAGGUCAUGGAGAUGAUUAAUUGGGCUCAACUCGGCGUGCACAGCAAGCCUGUCGUCUUGCUCAAUGCGAAUGGGUUCUGGAAUCCGUUCCGGGCCAUGAUCGACACUGCGGUAGAGGACGGCUUCAUCAGCGAGAAGGGAAGGAGAUUCAUUAGUUUCAUCGGGGAAAAAGGUGAUGAUGCGAAGAGCUUGGCCAAGGAAGCUGUCAUGGAGCUAGAAAAUCUGAUGACGGCUUUCGACAAGGAUGGUCUAGGCUACCGGGAUUGGGACAGCUUGAAAGAACCCGUCAAAGAGGAGGCUAUCAUGGCUGAACCAUUAGCAAACUCCGCGAAAGAGUUGGGUCAACCUUUCGCCGUCUCUGUCCCGGAUCUGACUUUCUCCUACUCGCCCGACGGCCCACCAGCGCUGACGCACGUGAACCUCUCCCUCGUGCGCGGUUCGCGCUGUCUGUUGAUUGGUGCCAACGGCAGCGGGAAAUCCACUUUACUCCGCCUCCUGGCCGGCAAGCGCCUCUGCGACUCGUCCGUCCGUGUAUUCGGACGCGACGUUUUCCGUGACGCACCGCGUGGCAUCACCUAUCUAGGGACGGAAUGGGCCAUGAAUCCUGUCGUACGCGGGGACAUUGUCGUCAGUCAUUUUCUUGACAGUGUCGGCGGAUACCGGCACAAAGCACGGCGAGAUAGGCUGCUCGACAUCCUAGAUAUCGAUCUCGAUUGGCACAUGCACCAGAUCAGCGACGGAGAACGCAGGAGGGUGCAGCUUUGCAUGGGUCUGAUGGAAGAGUGGGAUCUUUUGCUGCUCGACGAAGUCACUGUCGAUCUGGACGUGCAAGUCCGAAGCGACCUCUUAUCUUUCCUCGAAGAGGAAACAAAACAGCGCAAUGCUACGAUCAUCUAUGCCACCCAUAUCUUCGAUGGGCUGCAAAAGUUCCCCACGCACAUUGUGCACAUGCGUCUCGGCUCCACGACGACUUCAGACGCCCUGAAUUGGCCACCAAGCGCUGCGCAGAUGCACUUGAUCCCUCCUAUCCCGGCCCAGAGCAACUCUCCUAAUGGAGGUGCCGGGUCAGCAGGCGAUGACUUUAGUCCGCUGCUGCACAUCGCGCUGCAAUGGCUGCGCGAGGAUCGCGUCGCGCGUAUCGAGAAGGAGAAGCAAGAGGGAAGAAAGAGGGGUGCACGGAGCAACACGGAGACGACGGACUCGGAAAAAUUCUUCAGAAAGUAUGACUACGCGAAAGGUGCAACUAGAUAA